CCCCCUUCACCGUCGCCGACAGCGACCACGCCGCCAUGGACGACGAGCAACGCCGCCAGGAUGACUGGGCCAAAGACCGCAAACACCGUCUCCCUACCUUCACCGAGGUCCUCUCGCGCCGGACACGCCCGCCAGUGGAUCUUUUCAUGUUCUACCUCUUCCUGCAACGUGAAGGCGCAGAAGACAUCCUAGACUUCUGGCUGGACGUGCAACAGCACGAGAACCUGUGCCGCGCCUACUUCAAGGACGUCCGUAAGUCGGGGCGGACCAUCCGCGAAGAUUGGCCGGAGUACUGGGACUACGCGCGCAGGCGAGGGUCUAUCUACGGCACAGUAGUAGGUCUUAAUCCUCAUACGGGCACCAAGCGGAGCACUGCAAGCACGGGCGAGAUGUUCUCCGACCAAGACAGGCAGAAUCUCGCCGCCACAAGCGACGAGAAGGCAGCACGCAGUCCCAGCCCCCGAAUGCGGUCCACCUCUCCAGGAGGCAUCACUGCUGUUGGAACGACGGAGCCACCCCGCUCUACGACCCCAUUCUCACUGUCCGGACGUACACCUACGCUCUUCAAACGUGCCUCGCGCGCCCCGACCAUCAUUCCCCGCUCGCAGGCGAUCACCCGGUUGGACCUCAUCGCCUCGGCCGAGCGCAUCUACUACCGCUACCUGUCCCCAGCAGCGAAUACGCCCGGCUCGAAUGAGUCCCACGAGAUCUACCUCCCGCCUGCGCUACGCAUCCACACGUUCCCGCUGAGCAGCACGCAUGAGCCCAAGUCGCAGAACGAGAUCGCGCUCAUGGCGCAGAUUCCCGACAUGUUCCACAUGCAAAAGGAGUACUGUUACCGCGCCAUGGAGCAGGACGCCUUCCCGCGGUUCCUCCGGGCGAAAGCGUUUGGAAAUCUCACGCCCGUGUCAGCACUCGUGCGCCUCAUCGCUGGCCUCAUCAUUCUGUGGGUCGGGUUGGCAGUCGGCUUUUCCUUGAUCUUCCUGGACGUUCAGCCUAAAUCCAAGCGAUUCUUCCUUUUCAUACCCUAUACUCUCGCCAUUCUCUUCCUCAUCUCCCAUCAGUACGAACUCGACCCCGUGCUGGUGUUCCUCGGCCAGUCCGAGUCGACGCCAUUCCGCACACUCGGCAUCCGCGAGCCCUAUGUCAAGAAGCUCCUACUGGGGCGCGCGAUCUGGGUCACUGUCCUCGUCGCCGCGUGCUCCGUCGCGCUCACGAUGAUCUUCUGGGCCGUCCCCGGACACAGGCUGUGACCGGACCCGGACCCUUUCCCCUACUUGGAUGUUGAUGUUGCGUUGCAUUACGACGAUUUAUGUUCUCCUCUGGCUGUGGACCGCGUGGCGUGGCAUCGGCGUUGGCGUUGUAGACUCGAGGGUACGCUGGCAUAUCUUGACUUUUCUCCUAUUUCUCUUGUCCUAUUCUUCCUUUGCAUCAUUAUUGCUCUUAUCCCAGUUUCCGCCGCGUUCCGCAUACCUUAUACCCUUCUUCCUAAACCCGCUGUCGCUCGUUUGCAUCACUCCUGCCCUGUCUUCCUUCCCCCCUCCCCCCUACAGAACAGAAUUCCCUACCACCCGCCCUCCUGUGAACCCUC